GCGGGAGCUCGGACCAGGCAAAUCUGGAGAUCGCGACUUUUGGAUUCGCGCCCUUUUAAUCUCCGGUCUCAUUUCUCAUCUGGACCUGAGCCUGAUUUUAUUGGUCUUGAAUCUCGUGAUCGAGGAACUCGUUUGUUUUGGCUCUAGUUCCUGCCAUGUUCCACGUUAAACUCAUAUAACCACCUAAAGAUCAGCGACACGCUGCGCCGUUCCCCCUCCUUACCCACGCUCCGCGCACAUUGGUGCCGAUACGUGUCGCACGACCUUAUCUCGAGACACGACUACUCAAAACUUUGAGAAAUAAGCGAAUAACCGUGACUUUGCUCCGGGACAGGCGCGAUGCAUAUCAUAAAGCCGGUUUGGCUCACCCAUGGAGGUGAACGUAAGGAUUUCGAGGUUUAUAGCUGCGAUGUCUCGCCAGAUGGGAAGCGACUGGUCACAGCUGCUGGAGAUGGAUACGUGCGAAUCUGGUCAACAGAUGCUAUUUACGGCACCGGAACCCCCGAACUUGAGGGCAAGCCAAAACAACUGGCGUCCAUGAGCAACCACUCGGGCACGAUUCAUACCGUCCGUUUUUCACCCAACGGGAAAUACCUGGCGUCAGGCGCAGAUGACAAGAUUGUCUGCGUGUACACCCUCGACGCUAACCCCCCAACACACUCGUCAACAUUUGGUAUGCUUUGGAUACACUUGGAUAUGAAGAGAUGGAGGCAGACACUAACAGCUAUGGGAAAACUCUUAGGCACCGAUGAAGCACCCCCCGUUGAAAACUGGCGCACGAUUCGGCGAUUGAUCGGUCAUGACAAUGAUGUCCAAGAUCUUGGAUGGUCCUUCGACUCAUCGAUACUGGUCUCCGUUGGGCUGGACUCAAAGGUCGUGGUGUGGUCUGGUCACUCAUUUGAAAAGCUGAAGACGAUAGCGAUCCACCAGAGUCACGUCAAAGGCAUCACUUUUGAUCCGGCAAACAAAUAUUUCGCAACUGCUAGCGAUGACCGGACUGUCCGCAUCUUCCGAUUUACCUCCCCUGCCCCCAAUUCUUCAGCUCAUGACCAUAUGAACAAUUUCGUCCUUGAGCAAACAAUCACAACCCCAUUCGCCAAUUCUCCUUUGACAGCUUACUUCCGUCGUUGCUCUUGGUCGCCUGAUGGGAUGCACAUUGCCGCCGCAAACGCUGUGAACGGUCCUGUGAGCUCUGUGGCCAUCAUCAACCGUGGAUCAUGGGAUGGUGACAUCAAUCUGAUUGGACAUGAGGCACCUGUUGAGGUUUGUUCGUUCUCUCCGCGACUUUACGCAACCGAGCCGCCCAAUAAGAAGCAAGCCGAUGGGCAGCCUGUACCCCAACACCACAUUACCGUCAUUGCUUGUGCCGGUGGAGACAAAUCCCUCAGUAUCUGGAUUACGAGCAACGCACGUCCGAUUGUGGUUGCGCAGGAGAUGGCCGCUAAAGCCAUUUCAGACCUGGCAUGGACUCCUGAUGGAAAAUGUCUCUUUGCUACUGCUCUGGAUGGCACAAUUGUGGCAGUCAGGUUUGAAGAUGGCGAGCUGGGCUGGGCCACCGAAAUGGAAGAGAAUGAGAAAUCACUCACUAAGUUCGGAACUAAUCGUAAGGGUGCCGGUAUCACAGAAACCACCGACAGCUUGUUGCUGGAGGAGAAGAGCAAGGCUGGCGAGAUCAAGCACGUCGAAGGGAGAAUGGGUGCACUGAUGGGCGAUGGCGCUGAACCUACUACGAAUGGAGACAAAGCCCCACAGCCAUCAAAUGGGACCACACCUGCUCGGGGCCCUUCGCCAGCUCCCGAGGCUACGAAGACCCAGACGAAUGGAACCCCUUCGACACCUGCCACUACAGAAUCAGAGAAGCCUGACCCUUACAAAGCCAAGCUGGAAAGACUUAAGCAGCGUCCAACGUACACCAAAGAGGGCAAAAAGCGCAUCGCUCCAUUACUAGUCUCCGGAGCUGGGGCUGGCGAGUCAUCUCUCCCGCAAGCCCGUUUGAUGGCAUCAGUUAGCAAUCAGGUCAAGGCUGACGCCCCGACUACCAUUGUUGACCUGUCAAAACCCUUCGAUGGUCUACCCAAGGGUGGUCUGACUGCUCUUCUUCUUGGGAACAAGCGCAAGCUAGCCCAAAUAGAAGGCGACGAAGAUGGCAGUGUAGAAAAGCGCGUGACACUUGCCAGUCAAAACGAUGCGACUCCCAUCAUGGCCAACACUCCCGACGGCCUUCUACCGGCUCAAGUUCAAUCUGCCACUACCGGUCAACAGCCAACUCCAGAGUUCAUUCGCCCCGCGGUCAUAAAUCCUUGCAUGUCGGUCAGCCAACUUCGUCUGGCAGUACCCAAAAUUCGCAGCCAGAUUCUCCGCGCUCUAGAUUCGAGCGGGAAACCGACGGAACAACCUGGCCCUGGUACAGACUCGGGCUCUACCAAGAGUCGGGUGGACGUGGUUUUCGAAGCUCGGAACCCAUCACCAGCUAGUUUGACCGGUCGUGCCGUGGACCGCGAGCCAGUACGCCUGACAUUGUUCCGCGGGGAUCAGCCAUUGUGGCAGGAUUUCUUACCGCGGACUGUCCUUCUUGUGACUGGUAAUCAGAGCAUGUGGGCAGCUGGCUGUGAGGAUGGAUCAAUCUAUCUUUGGACACCGGCAGGUCGUCGUCUGGUAAGUGCGCUCGUUCUCGAGGCACAGCCUGUCAUCUUGGAGUGCAAUGGACACUGGAUCCUGUGCAUAUCCUCUGUGGGCAUGUGCUAUGUCUGGAAUGUGAAGCACAUGUCUUCUCCUCACCCACCAGUCUCCCUCCAGCCAGUACUGGAUGCUGCAAUUCAUACUCUUGGUGCGAACCCCACCGCCGCUCCCGCAGUAACAGAUGCACGCAUCAACUCUGAGGGCCGAGUAAUUGUUUCUUUGUCCAACGGCGAAGGAUAUUCCUAUUCCCCAUCCAUGUUCACAUGGCAGCGCAUCUCGGAAGCUUGGUGGGCUGUCGGCAGUCAGUACUGGAACACCACAGACGCACCCGUGAGCAACUUGCAGGCCAAGGAUGCACAGCAAGAUAACAAGGAUGCCAAGGCAGCUGUCGCAGCCGGCAUCAUUCCUUGGUUGGAGCGAAACACCACCAAUGAGACCCUCCUUCGCGGAAGAGCAUACUUCCUCCAGCGUCUUAUCAAGGUUUUAUUGUCACGCGAAGGGUAUGAGACUUUCGAGUCCAGCGUAUCCAUUGCUCAUCUCGAAAAUCGUCUCGCUGCUGCUCUGUCCCUGGGUGCCAAGGAAGAGUUCCGGUUAUACCUAUCCAUGUACGCCAAGCGCAUCGGUGCCGAGGGCCUGAAACUAAAGGUCGAGGAGCUCUUGAAAGGUCUCAUUGGCGGUCUUUUCGAGGACGAAGACGAUGCCAGCGAGGGAGUCUUGAAAUUGCAGGACAAUGAGCGCGAAGGCCGUAACUGGCGCGAAGGAUCUGAUGAUCUGUGUGGCUGGCCACGGGAAACAUUGUUGAAGGAGGUGAUUCUAGCACUUGGCAAACACCGUGACCUUCAACGUGUGACAGUGCCUUAUGCCAAGCUGCUGGAUAUGGUUGACACUGCAUCAGAGCAUGGCGAUGCAAUGGAUCUUUAAUGAUGGUUUCGCUCUUGCCACCUAUACCUUUUCUUCUCUUUUUGCUGGCGUUCAAUAAGUUCGGGCUGGGUCACCCAAAAGGGUUUGCAUUAUUUAUCUCUGCUGAGGCGGGAUUGGAGAUGAUAUAUCUCAUUUUCAAGGUCUAUUUGUAUCAUAGGUUCUCUUUUGGGGUCGUUCUUAUUUAAGCCAACCUGUUCCCAUCUUGUUAUGGUCUGAUCUUGUUCUAGGAUCAACUAGACAGACCCUACUUCCUGUAAUAGCCCUCGAUAAACAGUAUUACGUACAUGGCACCCACCGUGGAUGUAAUGACGUCGUCAGGGCUUGACUCUCAC